AUGGAUAGUAUUAAACCCCAGCUCGUUCUCUUUCGACAAAAUCCAUUCCGAUCCUAUCGAUAUCUUGCCGUCUCGAAGCCAAAUCCAUCAGAUGCCUUAAAAAACUCCACGUUUCGCAUAGUUCCAAACGAUACUAUGCAAAUGAUUGCUAAAUAUCUCACUCCUGUAUCGGCUGGAUCCUUUUUCCUCACUUGUCGACAGAUUGGCUGGGUGAUUGGAACUCAAUAUAUCGAUGGCUUGAAGACUUCGAAAGACGACACAAUGGAAUUUCUGAAUCUUUUGGAACAUGAUCUUCAGGAUCAGAUCGUUUGUACUGUCUGCAGAAAGCUUCAUAGAAUACAAAAUGCUGAGAGAUAUGCCAAAAAGUCUUAUUGCUGGAAUGAAUAUUCAACUAACCCCGCGAUUUCUGGACUUCCAGCAUUUGAUACAAUACCAACUUGUUUGAAAGAAGAUGAACUACGCCAGGUGGAUUUGUAUACUCACAAGAAUUUUGGCGUCACUAUUUCCAAAAUGGCAAUGAAAAACUACCGACUUUUUGGUAACGAUGCUCAAACCCAGCGGCUCUUAAGACUUUUGUCGGCACCUGAGAACUACUCCGUUGAUAAGUUUUCUAAGAGUUUGACCACAGAGAAGAAAGGAGAGUGUCGUAUGAAGAAUGGUUCCCUAUUCACCCGAAAAUUCAUGAAUUACAAUUGGAAAUGCCAAAGUUUUGAAGCACCUAGUUAUAUACAUAUUUGUUCUCAUCUGAAUCUCGAGAAAGAUGAUUCUGAGUUCCGCACGAGAUUAUACUGUGCCUACAGUAGACCUGAAGAUAUAUGGUCAGCGUUACAAGAACCUUGUCAGGAAAACACCGGCACCGACGAGAGCAACACAUCUCGGCAUGUUCAUUCGGGACUUUUGCAGUGUCGAUAUUGUCUAACAGUAUGUAAAGUUGAAUUGAAGCACCAUAACCGACACGCGAUCUCUCACUGCAACACAGCACUGACAAUCGUUGUUUACAAGCAAUUUGAGUCGGAGGAAGAUUGGAGAACGCAUCUGCCGCUUUAUGAUUCAGAUGACGAGGAAAGCGAACCGAUUGAGUUCUCUAAAGAGAAAAUCAGCUCUGUCUUUGAAGUGGAUGAUACUGGUUUUGGACUUAGAGUUACUUCUUGGAUUGAGUUUUAUCUUACAUGGCAAAAAGUGUUUCUGGAUGAACUGGAAUUGGUUUGUCUUGCAGUUAUAUUGUCACUAUUGUACUGGCAUGGUACAUAA